AUGACUCUGCUGACUGCUACCACCUCAGCAGUCGCCACCUCAGCUCCCACUGAUGACUCUGUGACUGCUACCACCUCAGCAGUCGCCACCUCAGCUCCCACUGAUGACUCUGCGACUCUUGCCACCUCAGCAGUCGCCACCUCAGCUCCCACUGAUGACUCUGCGACUCUUGCCACCUCAGCAGUCGCCACCUCAGCUCCCACUGAUGACUCUGUGACUGCUACCACCUCAGCAGUCGCCACCUCAGCUCCCACUGAUGACUCUGCGACUCUUGCCACCUCGGCAGUCGCCACCUCAGCUCCCACUGAUGACUCUGCGACUCUUGCCACCUCAGCAGUCGCCACCUCAGCUCCCACUGAUGACUCUGUGACUGCUACCACCUCAGCAGUCGCCACCUCAGCUCCCACUGAUGACUCUGCGACUCUUGCCACCUCAGCAGUCGCCACCUCAGCUCCCACUGAUGACUCUGUGACUGCUACCACCUCAGCAGUCGCCACCUCAGCUCCCACUGAUGACUCUGCGACUCUUGCCACCUCGGCAGUCGCCACCCUCAGCCCCCACUCAGUCGCCACCUCAGCUCCCACUGAUGACUCUGCGACUCUUGCCACCUCGGCAGUCGCCACCUCAGCUCCCACUGAUGACUCUGCGACUCUUGCCACCUCGGCAGUCGCCACCUCAGCUCCCACUGAUGACUCUGCGACUCUUGCCACCUCAGCAGUCGCCACCUCAGCUCCCACUGAUGACUCUGUGACUGCUACCACCUCAGCAGUCGCCACCUCAGCUCCCACUGAUGACUCUGCGACUCUUGCUACCUCGGCAGUCGCUUGUACCGCCUCUUCCUCACCACAAGAGGAGGAGGAGACCGAUUCCAGUGAAACACCCUCUUCUGACGAGAUGACAAGAGACAGUUCCAGGAGAAGGUAUUCCACGGGCACUGUGCGAGAAGCAAUGCAAGCUGGCGGUAUGUAUGAAAAGUGCCCACCGGAAAGCAAGCUUCUUGUGGGCUUCAAAAAUCACCUGAUUGGCGCCCUACAGGUCCAAAACUGCCAACAGGCGGUUGACAAUGUGUCCCGGUUCCUACGCUAUAUGCAGCCGGAAGGAGAACCUAAUUUAGAAUUCCUGACCAAGACAACAGAGACCAUGGACUACAUGAGGGCCCUAAACAACUCAGGCUUGUGUGCAGCCACUAUCCUCAAUUACAUGAAGAACAUAAUCAGGUUCCUGCAGUACUUGAAAGGGAGCGUCGAUAUGAAUGAAGACGGGAUUAAGAUUCAGAAGUACAUCGACUACUUGAAAACCAUUCGGAAACCUGUUACAAGGAAACAUUCAGGGAACGUAUGCAGUACGAGAUACGAUCGAAUUGUGGAAGGCAUGCCCACCGUUCGUGACUGCAACCUGGUUUUGCGGAGUGGAAAGAAAAGGUUCUUGGACAUAUACAACAGGAUGGCUAUCUCUAAGAUAGUGGUCUCGCCAACUGAUAAAACGUGGUACCGCUACUACUGUGAAGCAGUGAUGAUGUUGCGCCACUUUCAGCGACCAGGAGUUGUUGAAGGCAUGACUGUAACAGAGUGGGUUAACCGUAAGCUUACUGACGGAAGAUAUCUGAUCUGCAUCAAGAAUCACAAAACCGGGGCCACGCAUGUUGCAACAAUAGCCUUAACGUUGGAGGAGGAAGCUUGGUACCAGGGGUACUAUGAGUUUAUUCGCCCUGAGUUUGUGAGAGGGGAAUGCGACUGUUUCUUCUUGUCUGCCAGAGGGAUACAGAUCACGAGUGGCUCAAUUGACCUUUUGCGACUCCGUGAAAGUUUUUUCAGCUGUGGCAUCGAUGAUAGUUGCACAAGUGUCCAGGUCAGAAGGGCCGCUGAGACUCUGGUAGAAACCAGUUUCACAGAGACACAAAAACAAAAUGUGGCUGCCUAUAUGUGCCAUUCAGACCACAUGGCAGAUAAACACUACAGGAUGCCAGUGCCUUCAACUUUAGUGGCCACAGCUGUCCUGUUGGACACCCUGCCUGGCUAUACUCCUGAUUGUUACCUCCCUACCGAAACUGAUUCUCCCGGCUCGUGCAUGUCAGGAAAAGAAUUCUCUGACUUUCAACAGACAUUUCCUGUUUCAAGGGACUGCCAGCCACCAACAAAGAAGCAGAGGGUCGAAGCAGGGUUUUCUUAGAACCGUGUAUACUAUGACAAGUGGCGAAAAUGCCAGUAUGCCGAUCGACAGGAACAUCUGUUGUCAUACUACACAUAUCAGAAGCCAUCAGGCGGAAAGAUAGAACGUCUCAUUAGCAAGGAGGGGUGGACGUCCAACUGUCCCAAGGCGCAAGACAUUUUGGACAUGUGGACACCAGCCCUCAAAUACGUCAUUGCGAGUGAUAAGAACAUCUUGAACAGUUGUUCUCGGCAGAAGUGGAAAGGCCUUGCCAUCAAAUCUUUUGAUGGACAAAAGG